AGAACAAAGAGGAGAAUAGAAUUUACUCCAUGCAGAACAAACAGAGUAGACAAAUCACUCACACUGUUUCCUCUGUUUCGUCAAUUCUCGCCUUACCUUUUACUCUCUUUUUCCAUGAACUUAAUCACUGAAUUCUUCUCAGCAUCUACUACGAUCAUAGUAGGCUGCUUCUCUUCUCUACUUACAGAAAUAGUUGCUGCUCAAGCUCCCAUAAUGAUCCAAUCUUCUUUCGAGUGAGAAUCGAUAAAAGAACGAAAAGAAAAAACAAUUUUUGCCUUCGACUUUCCCAGGAUUUCUUUGCUUCCUUUUUGUAAAUGGAUACAUUUGACAUAAAACUUGAGAAGAGAAAAGCAAUCUUGAAACAUCGUCAGUUGUGCAAUAUAGCAAACUUGCUCAGGUUUAUUGAGGUUUGUGUUGUUCUGGUGUUGAUCUCCAGGUUUACUACUCAACUCCCAGUAGCUGUUAAAAAUUCUGGUGAGUAUUUUCGGGGUUUGUCAGUUGUUCUUGUGAGCCCUUGCUUUGUGUUCAUCGUUGGGAAUGCUAUAGUCAUUACUCUCUUUGCGAAGGCUGGGCAGUUUUCAGCUCAAGAUUCUGCUUCAAAACGUUCAGGAACUGAUCUUUACGAAGAAUUUGUUAAGAAGAGUGAGAAAAGUCACGCAAUUCAUCGAUGUGAAACCGAAUACAGAGAAAAACAAAGCGAGAAGACUGGAGGUGAAAAGAAAAUAGUUAGUCUCAAUGUGCGUACUCCAAAGGGAACAAAGAAUUAUAGAAAGAGUCAAUCAGAGAAUCUAAAGCGGGUGAACUGCAAUAAAGCUUGCCACCAACUCAGGCGAUCGGAGUCCGAGAACUACAGAAAAGACAAUGAUUCUGAUGAGAAAAUGGUGAAGAGUUCAUAUCCUGAAGAUGGAAUGAGCAAUGAGCAGUUUCGCAAAACGGUCGAGGCUUUCAUUGCCAGGCAAAAAAUACUUCUAAGGGAAGAAGAGUACUCGAUGAUUUGGACAGAUUUAGAGUGACAAAACAAAUCCUGGUGCUCCCUUCUCCUGUUUUUAUGGUUGUUUUUAGGCUUUUGAUUUUGCCUUUCCUCUCCUUUGCUCAUACUGCUAUGUACAUGGUUAUUUUAAUCAUAAAAUUCAACGAGAAAUCCCAAUUUAUCGUCCUUGUUUCAAGUCUGGAUUUAAAAAUUAGCUAAAAUUUUUUCUCCUUAUC